AUGACUGGUAUUUCUCAGUACAAACACGAUGAGAUUCGGUUCGUCCUCAGGGAGAUCGUCAGAAAAACCAAGCUUCCUUCCAUCAGCGAAGGCUUCUUCAACCGCUUCACCAAAACUCUGAAUCCGAAUCAGAUUCGAUACAUCAAGAAUAAAUAUGGAAAGGACCCUACCUUCAAGAGUCCCAUGAUCAACUACCGCGGCGCGAACGCAGCCGACUUGGAAGAUUCAGAUAAUGCUCAAGAAGAGAAGAGUGGUUGGGUAAAUCAUCCCCUGCUUCUUGCCCCAGAGAAUCACACUCCUCGCGAGCAGUCCAAGAGCCCUGAAUUAUUGGCAUCACAGAAUCCGAUCCCGGCAGGACCUUCUUUGCCAAACCCACUCACAACCACGAAAGGUCAUGAGAGUCCAGUUUCUCUCGUCCCUGGUUGGGCGCAGCGACGGGAGCAAGGGAUUUACUUCCAACCCAUUAACCGUACAUUACAGCAGCCCCAAGAUCUGAAUAUUCCCUCUCAAAUCCUCCCAGCCGAGCCAGACCUCAGUCAACAACCAUUAAUACCAGCCGCACAAGCAAGUAACAUAGCCCAAACCCCCGGCGGUUGGGUUCACCUUCCCCCCUCCCAGUUUCCAUAUUACACACAGAUGCCGGUGGCGAAUACUGGAUGGGGUCAAGGAGCCCACCAAUUCUAUCCUGGAUCUAUUCAUAACUCUCCUGUUUUCUUUCCGGACAACUCCAUGCCCAUUUCGAAUCUUCAGGCAGGGUACUAUGGCGGCAUCGAGCCCGUUUCUCAAGGGUUUCACUACCCAACCCAGUCUCCACGCUUCGUCGAUAUUCCUUCCGGGUCCAUGCCGCGAUCUUUACAAAUGAUUCAAGAGAACAUCAUCUCCUCCCCACGCCCCAACGAUGCCCCACCGAGAGCAUCUUCAUCAAAGAAGGGCCAAACGACCGCUACUCCCUCAUCCCGGCCUGAAUCUGCUAUUCGAACUCGACGACACAAUGUGUCUGGGACGGGAUACAACGUUCACGGCAUAAGGCCGCGCCGGAUCGCAAAGGCCGCCCAUCUUACCCGGUUUCCCGAAUCAUACAAUGGCGUUUUAAGUAACUUUGUCCACGACAUGAGUGAACCAGUUACCGGCGUACCGGAACCGUCAUUGCCGUCAUUGCCGUCAUUGCCGUCACAAACCCCCCGGAAUCAGGACGGCCGAGGCACUGGGGGCCACUUUGAGGACCUCAACCUGGAUUUUGCUAUCGAUCCUAUUGCAAAAUACACCAAUUAUCCUCCUUCAGAGCCUGAAUAUGCCGAGAUAAAGCCCGGUGGAGGCUCUGGUGCAAGCCCGGAGCUUGUUGACACGGCUCCUUCUCCCACUGGUGCAGGUCCGUCUCUCAGCUUGCCGGCGAGCUCGCAACCUCUGGGAUCAUCGAAUCUUCUCGAAUCUAUAGAAUCCCCUUCUGAGUUUGUGCCAGUUCAGACCACCCCUCUUAUUCCUUCGGUGUCACCUUUCUUGCCUACUCAUUCUCAAGCUAUGAGUUUCAAGCUCAACGCUACUGAGAGGAAUGGCGAGAGGGACAAGGGAAAGGAGAAAGGUAAGGAAAUAAGCAAUGAAGUCAUAGAAGCCAGGGAGGCGAGACGACGGCAGGAGAUUAUUCGAAAGAACAACAUUCAAACUGCCCUGAAUCAGAUGUUCCAGAGGGACGAAGCAUUGCGCCGCGCGGCGGGCACGCAGGAAGUCGCUCAGGCUGCAUUUGAGACGCAAAAUCCACCUAAAACCCAGGGGGAGAGUGCAAGCCAACUCCUCACUCAUGGGGAAUACCAGAGUUGCGCCAAAUCCCAGCACCAGACUGAAGCCUCCGCCUCGAGAUCGGACAUGCUACCCCUUGAUCAGGUUGUUCUCCAGCCACUAUCGCCUGGCCAGUCUUCGAAGAACAUCACAUACGAGGAGAUGAAGUCCUGGGGAGAGGGCAUGGUUGGAAGCGAUGUGUUGCACGAAACUCUCCUCUCUCUGGACUGCGACGCACCCAUCGACUCAACCGAGCGGGUGGUUGAGCUAUAG